AUGGCUGCCCGCCCCGUCAUUAGCUCCAGCAUCACCACACCAAAGCUGCACAUGCAGUGUAAUGCUGUUGGUCACCUGCAAGCCAUUGCUCACCUGCAAGCCAUUGCUCACCUGCAAGCCAUUGCUCACCUGCAAGCCAUUGCUCACCUGCAAGCCAUUGCUCACCUGCAAGCCAUUGCUCACCUGCAAGCCAUUGCUCACCUGCAAGCCAUUGCUCACCUGCAAGCCAUUGCUCACCUGCAAGCCAUUGCUCACCUGCAAGCCAUUGCUCACCUGCAAGCCAUUGCUCACCUGCAAGCCAUUGCUCACCUGCAAGCCAUUGCUCACCUGCAAGCCAUUGCUCACCUGCAAGCCAUUGCUCACCUGCAAGCCAUUGCUCACCUGCAAGCCAUUGCUCACCUGCAAGCCAUUGCUCACCUGCAAGCCAUUGCUCACCUGCAAGCCAUUGCUCACCUGCAAGCCAUUGCUCACCUGCAAGCCAUUGCUCACCUGCAAGCCAUUGCUCACCUGCAAGCCAUUGCUCACCUGCAAGCCAUUGCUCACCUGCAAGCCAUUGCUCACCUGCAAGCCAUUGCUCACCUGCAAGCCAUUGCUCACCUGCAAGCCAUUGCUCACCUGCAAGCCAUUGCUCACCUGCAAGCCAUUGCUCACCUGCAAGCCAUUGCUCACCUGCAAGCCAUUGCUCACCUGCAAGCCAUUGCUCACCUGCAAGCCAUUGCUCACCUGCAAGCCAUUGCUCACCUGCAAGCCAUUGCUCACCUGCAAGCCAUUGCUCACCUGCAAGCCAUUGCUCACCUGCAAGCCAUUGCUCACCUGCAAGCCAUUGCUCACCUGCAAGCCAUUGCUCACCUGCAAGCCAUUGCUCACCUGCAAGCCAUUGCUCACCUGCAAGCCAUUGCUCACCUGCAAGCCAUUGCUCACCUGCAAGCCAUUGCUCACCUGCAAGCCAUUGCUCACCUGCAAGCCAUUGCUCACCUGCAAGCCAUUGCUCACCUGCAAGCCAUUGCUCACCUGCAAGCCAUUGCUCACCUGCAAGCCAUUGCUCACCUGCAAGCCAUUGCUCACCUGCAAGCCAUUGCUCACCUGCAAGCCAUUGCUCACCUGCAAGCCAUUGCUCACCUGCAAGCCAUUGCUCACCUGCAAGCCAUUGCUCACCUGCAAGCCAUUGCUCACCUGCAAGCCAUUGCUCACCUGCAAGCCAUUGCUCACCUGCAAGCCAUUGCUCACCUGCAAGCCAUUGCUCACCUGCAAGCCAUUGCUCACCUGCAAGCCAUUGCUCACCUGCAAGCCAUUGCUCACCUGCAAGCCAUUGCUCACCUGCAAGCCAUUGCUCACCUGCAAGCCAUUGCUCACCUGCAAGCCAUUGCUCACCUGCAAGCCAUUGCUCACCUGCAAGCCAUUGCUCACCUGCAAGCCAUUGCUCACCUGCAAGCCAUUGCUCACCUGCAAGCCAUUGCUCACCUGCAAGCCAUUGCUCACCUGCAAGCCAUUGCUCACCUGCAAGCCAUUGCUCACCUGCAAGCCAUUGCUCACCUGCAAGCCAUUGCUCACCUGCAAGCCAUUGCUCACCUGCAAGCCAUUGCUCACCUGCAAGCCAUUGCUCACCUGCAAGCCAUUGCUCACCUGCAAGCCAUUGCUCACCUGCAAGCCAUUGCUCACCUGCAAGCCAUUGCUCACCUGCAAGCCAUUGCUCACCUGCAAGCCAUUGCUCACCUGCAAGCCAUUGCUCACCUGCAAGCCAUUGCUCACCUGCAAGCCAUUGCUCACCUGCAAGCCAUUGCUCACCUGCAAGCCAUUGCUCACCUGCAAGCCAUUGCUCACCUGCAAGCCAUUGCUCACCUGCAAGCCAUUGCUCACCUGCAAGCCAUUGCUCACUAG